CCUCCUCUUCUCCUUCUCUUCUCUCUUCUCCCUUCUCCCUCACUCACGGAUGAAACCGUGCACCACCGCCACAGCAGCAGCCUCCCUCACGCACAGUCACGCUCUACAGCAGCCGGCCCUUUCUCUUCCCCCCUCCACGGCAGCAACCAGCAGAAGCCAGCUGCUCCUCUCAGUCCUUCCCCCUUCCACGAGCAGCCCCAGGCAGCAGCAUAGCAGGCUGCGCGUUCUCCAACAGCAGCCGGCUGAUCUGUGUACCGCCAGCAGGUCAGUAGCCACGUGGUGGUUGCUCCACCACCCCACACGACCAUCAAUUGUGAUCCACCACUACAACCUCCACUUACCCCCUUCAUCCCUUUUGCUAGUCUCAUCUUUAUUCCAAAUUCAUAAGAGGAAAGUAGAACUUAAUUGGGUGAUUUUUGUAACUCUUGGUUGUGCAGUGACGCUUGCAGCAGGAGGAUCAUAGCCUGACAUGACAGGUAUAGGAGCUCUUUUUGCUAUGCAUUGGGGGAAAGAGUGGAGUACGAUCGUAACAAUUGUAUACAAAUAGUCCAAUGCAUGUAGCUGCUAUAACUUGUAAAGUUUUCUUUUGGGAUUGUGUAAAUUUCUUUUGUAUGGAGCCAUGUGACUCCUUGUAUAAUCCAUAGUAACGCUGUGUAAUUUUUGGAUGUAUAGCAGUGAAAAUACACCUUGAGUACCCGUCAAAUCGAUGCGUUAACACUGGAACCACGAUCCUCCUUAGAGUUGACGAUUUGAGGAGCCGACGAUGAUUCUUUCCGUCGUGACGUAUUCUUGAAAGCAUUAAAGGCCUUAGAUUAUUUUAGUUAUGUUAUCCAUGUAUAUAUUCUCGUCACAUCCUCAGUUUUCAGCAGAGAUGCUGCCGAAAUUUCCACUUACUCACCCUUUUUAAUUAAUCUUUAGCGUUUAUUCUAAUUAUUUUCCCUUUUUUUUUAUGUAACACCCGAAUUUCCUCCCUUCCUUCACGAUUCUGGUUUCGUUUAAGGGGUUUGAAAUUCAGGGGUGUUACAGUCUUAAUUUUUUAGACCCAUCGGAUCCGGAUCCGGGUUUGGAUCUAAAAAAAAUUUAACGGGUCCGAGUCUGGGUCCUAAGGUGAAGACCCGAACCCGAACCCAGACCCUAAACUUUUAAAUUUUAUAUUUUAAAUUUCUGAUUUCUUAAUUUAUUUCUAAUAUAAUGAAAAGUUGAAAACCCGUUUUUGCCUAAAGCCUAAAGCAGUAAAGCAAACUCCAGUAACCCUAAUUUUUCUUUCUCCUCUAACAUCUCUGCGCCUCCAUCGCCAUUCGCCAGCCAUCGCUAUUUAGACAAGUGUUUUUACGCUCUAGUAAUUAUUUUGUAUUUGAAUUUCAUGGACUCGAACAAGUGUUUGUAAUACAAUAAUAAGUUGCUUACAAAAAUACAAAAAGACUCGAAAAAGGUUCAAUUUUGACAAAUCAAAGAAGUUUUGUAUAAGACCCAUUAUGGACCCAUUAAGGACCCUAGACCCUGUCAGAUCCGUAGGGUCCGGGUCUGGGUCUGAAAAUUUUGGACCCUUAGGGUCCGGAUCCGAGUCGGGAUCCAAAAAAAAUAAAAGGGUCCGGGUCCGGGUCCGGGUCUGACCAGACCCGCCCCAUGACCAUCCCUAGUUUUGACCAAAUAGGUUUAGGUGUUUAAAAAUUAGUUUAGGUAUUAAACUAGCUUAAAAACUUUAUUAAUAAAAAUAUAAUAGUUUAGAAUAGUUUA